GUUAGAGGUGUUCUCCUUUUCUCUACCUUUUGUUGAUUGAAAGUGCGUUUCCAAAUUUAUUUGAUUUACAGAGGCUGAAGAGCUAAGGAUAUCAUCUGUAGUAUGGAUUGAAAGCAUUUGUAGUUGUAGCUAAGCCGAGAUGAUUAUCACUCAAAUUCGUAUCUUACUUCUUUUGAAAUUCAGUAUCUACUCUUUGAGCAUAAAUGAUAAGGUAAUUGAAUUGUUAAGGUUCGAUUUGGUUUUUCAAAAGUUUAAGGCAUAGCCUUAUCCGGGCGAAUGUUUUUGCAAGUUUAAGGCUUUCAGGCUUCUCUUUUCCUGGUCAAACAACGGUGUCAUCCAGAAUUUUGAUUUGCUUUCCAUUCGCUUGGUAAUUGCAGAAAAUGAAUGUUGUGUAAUGGUUGGUUGAGGAUUAACAGUUUUAAAUGAUACUGUUCUUGUACUUUUUGUCUAAUUAACCACAUAUGUAAAGAGAGGCUCCAAGGGUGCAACCUAAUUUUUGUUUUUACUGCAGAAAAUGAAUGCGGCAUGAAUGUGUUGACUUGGCUUGUAAAGAGUUCCCUUGCUGAUUCUUUGUUUGUAUAAUUGGUGAACCUGGAAAUUGCAGAUUGAGGCGAGGACUUUGCUGUUUAGGAUACUGUAUUCUGGUACUUCUGUGAAAGUAAGAAUGGCUUCAGAGGGAAGCGAGAAGGAAAUGGUUGUAACGCAAAUUAGCGUUGGCGGCUUUGAUAAUUAUGUCACUGCCAAAAUGCUUCUGGAUUACUUUGAAGCUAACAUUGGAUCUGUAUGGAGGUGUAGGCUGAAGACUUCUUCCACCCCUCCAGAAUCGUACCCCAAUUUCGACAUUGGCACUCAAAAUAUCCAAAGAACGAACAAUUAUCAAAAGGUGGAACCGCAUGCUUUUGUGCAUUUUGCAAUUCCUGAUUCAGCAAAGUCGGCCUUGGAUGCUGCAGGGCGUUGCGAUCUUGCGUUGAAUAACAAACUUUUGAAGGUUAAUUUGGGACCUGAGAAUCCGUAUAGCAUGAAUCAAAAGAGGAGGACCGUGGACCCUUUUAAGUUGUCUGACGUGAGACUUGAAGUUGGGGUCAUGGUUAGCAGAGACAAAUUUGUUGUCAGCUGGAGAGGACCGGCUACUGGGGUUGAUUUUGUGGUUGAUCCCUUUAAUAGAAGCUGCAAAUUUCUCGUCACCCAGGAUAUUGCGUUUGGUAUUAAAGGCACCACCAAACACGCCGUUAUAAAGUGCAACUUCAAUGUUGAGUUCUUGGUUCGGGAUAUCAACGAGGUUAAACAGUAUUCUGAAACCUCAUCCUUGGUUGUUCUUUUGCAGCUGUCUUCAUCUCCUUUGCUGCACUACAGGACUGCUGAUGAUGAUAUUGAGGAAUCUGUUCCAUUUGAUUUGUUGGACGACGACGAUCCCUGGAUCCGAACUACCGAUUUCACACCAAGUGGAGCCAUUGGUAAGUGUAAUACUUACCGGGUUUCGGUUCCACCCCGUCAUGGUUUGAAACUAAAGAAGGCCAUGGGGUAUUUUCGGGAACAUAGGGUUCCAAAUGAUAUCCUCAAACAUCGCCUCAAGGUUAUUGAUGAACAAGAUUUUGGUAUGCCAAUGCAAGAUGUUUUCUUCUGUAUCCAACACAAGGAUCAAAUAAGUUUUGAAGUGAUGUUUAUGGUGAAUGCUGUUGUGCACAAAGGCAUAAUCAACCUGCACCAGUUGUCUGAUAAAUUUUUCGAUCUGCUGAGAGACCAAUCAGAUGUAAUCAAUAUAGCUGCAUUGAAGCACAUUUAUGCUUACAAGAGGCCUGUGUUUGAUGCCUAUGGGAGGCUGAAACUUGUGCAGGAGUGGUUGAUGAAUAACCCGAAACUUCUCAAGAGCCGUACUUCAGACGUGGGUGAUGUUGAGGUACGAAGAUUGGUUAUUACUCCAACAAAAGCCUACUGUCUUCCACCGACGGUGGAGCUCUCUAAUCGGGUUCUUAGGAAUUAUAGAGAAGUUUCCGAUCGCUUUUUAAGGGUUACCUUCAUGGAUGAAGGCAUGCAAACACUAAACAACAGUGUUUUCAACUUCUUUGUUGCUCCAAUCGUGAAAGACCUCACCUCAAAUACCUUCCCUCAAAAGACUGCCGUGUUCAGAAGGGUAAAAAAUAUUCUAAGUGAGGGUUUUUAUUUGUGCGGUCGUAAAUACUCAUUUUUGGCCUUCUCAUCGAAUCAAUUGAGGGAUCGUUCGGCCUGGUUUUUUGCCGAAAACAAGCGUAUUAGAGUGGAAAAUAUAAUUGAUUGGAUGGGCAAAUUCACUAACAGAAACAUUGCGAAGUGUGCUGCUAGAAUGGGACAAUGUUUCUCAUCUACUUAUGCCACUGUUGAAGUUUCACCCAAUGAGGUUGACAAAGAGCUGCCGGAAAUUAAGAGAAAUUCAUAUAUCUUCUCUGAUGGGAUUGGUAAAAUAACACCUGAUCUCGCAAUGGAAGUGGCAGAGAAAUUGCAAUUGGCAGUGAACCCUCCUUGUGCUUAUCAAAUAAGAUUUGCUGGUUGCAAAGGGGUUGUUGCUUGUUGGCCAGGAAACAAUGACGGGGUCCGCCUCUCCCUGAGGACAAGCAUGAUCAAGUUCGAGUCCAACCACUCGAUCCUUGAAAUAUGUUCUUGGACCCGGUUCCAGCCGGGAUUCCUCAACCGUCAGAUUGUGACUCUACUCUCCACAUUGGACGUUCCUGAUGAUGUCUUUUGGAAAAUGCAGCAGCGCAUGAUUUCGAAACUUGAUCAGAUGGUUGUAGACACAGAAGUGGCUUUUGAUAUCCUCACUGCUUCAUGUGCCGAUCAAGGGAAUACGGCGGCGAUAAUGUUAAGCGCCGGUUUCAAGCCCCAAGCAGAACCUCACCUUCGCGGCAUGUUGGUUUGUAUAAGAGCUUCACAGCUAUGGGGCUUGAGAGAAAAGGCUCGGAUCUUUGUUCCUUCUGGAAGGUGGCUAAUGGGGUGCUUAGAUGAAUUAGGGGUACUAGAACAAGGCGAAUGCUUCAUCCAAGUCUCAACUCCCUCUUUGGAAAAUUGUUUUGUGAAUCAUGGAUCCAGGUUUUCCGAAACAAAAAAAAAUCUUCAAGUGAUUAAGGGGUGUGUGGUGGUAGCAAAGAAUCCCUGUCUUCACCCAGGAGAUAUACGAGUUCUGAAAGCAGUGGAUGCCCCUGAGUUGCAUCAUCUUUCUGAUUGUCUCGUUUUCCCUCAAAAGGGAGAUAGACCACAUCCAAAUGAAGCAUCGGGAAGUGACCUUGAUGGGGAUCUGUAUUUUGUCACGUGGGAUGAAAACCUGAUUCCACCUAGUAGGAAGAGCUGGAUACCUAUGGACUAUGCUCCAGCAGAAGAAAAACGUUUGCCUCGUCCAGUUAUUCAGAAGGACAUAAUAGAAUUUUUCACCCGCAACAUGGUGAAUGAGAAUUUGGGAACAAUAUGCAACGCUCAUGUGGUUCAUGCUGAUCUGAGUGAAUACGGUGCACAUGAUGAGAAGUGCAUUAAACUAGCUGAACUCGCUGCCACAGCUGUUGAUUUUCCAAAAACAGGGAAGGUUGUGUCAAUGCCUCCUCAUCUAAAGCCCAAACUUUAUCCUGACUUCAUGGGCAAGGAAAAGUAUCAAACGUACAUGUCAAAGAAAAUCCUGGGGAGGCUCUAUCGUCUAAUAAAAGACGCUUACGACAAAGAUGUGGAAGAAGCAUCAUCCGAUCUAACCUUUCUCCCAGAUGAUAUUCCCUAUGAUUCCGCCCUUGAGAUUCCGGGUUCGACAGAUUUCAUAUCUGAUGCAUGGGGGCAUAAGUGCUCUUAUGAUGGGCAACUGAAUGCUCUUCUUGGACAAUAUAAGGUGAACCGGGAAGAAGAGGUUGUUACUGGCCACAUAUGGUCCAUGCCCAAGUACAAUGCCCGAAAGAGGGGGGACCUGCAAGAGAAGCUGAAACAUGCUUACAGUGCUCUUCGAAAGGAGUUCAGACAAGUUUUUGACAAACUGGGGCCCAAUUUUGAUCAGCUUUCCGCAGAUGAGAAGAAUGGUGUGUAUGAGAAGAAGGCAUCGGCGUGGUACCAGGUUACUUACCAUCCUAGUUGGGUGAAAAAGUCACUGGAGAUGCACAAUGUUGAUGGUGCUGGUGGGGAGACAUUGAUGCUGAGCUUUUGUUGGAUUGCUACUGAUUUCCUUGCACGGAUCAAAAUCAGGUCACGGGAAGUUGGGAAUCUGGACCAUACAAAGCCAAUUAAUUCUCUUGUGAGGUACCUCGCAGAUAGGAUUUGAUACGUUAGGCUGCAAGACCACUCUGCCAAGUGUUGAAGGUCAGCUUUACCGCAGUUUUUGUUUUAUAGUAAAACUGGUGUUUAUUUUGUAAUGUUCUGCGGUUGUAGCCAAGUCAGGUUUUUAUUGGGUUGUCUGUUUCACUGGUUUUCAUUAGCCAAGUCGGGUUUUGUCGUUCUUACUAUGCAGAAUGGAUUUAAUAUAUGAACUAUGGCAUGUACGAGUUAGUUUGUACUAAGACUUACUGCAGUAUUGUGCUGAUCUGUUAUUAAAAGCUGCUGCUUUAUAAAUAAGGAGAACCCAUAAUUUUCAUAGUUUUAAA